AACAUAUAAUAGUGGCUGCUACCUAAGAAUGUUUCAUAAAUUUAGGGAAAGUCAAUGAACAUUGAAUUUCUCAACCUUUUUCUAUCCUAGGUUCAUCUCAUUGUAAUGGCGCCCAUAGUAACAGAUGUGAUCAGUUGGCCUAGACCUUCAAGGCUGUGAUAAGGCCAGACAUUUUUACUCUUAGAGAUUUCUGGUCAGCGUUUAUAUUCCUAACUUGGAAGUCGUUUAUCACUACUAAUGACAUCAAAUGCCUCAGCUGCGAGUAAUUCUACCACAGACAGAGUUGUAAAAAGUAUCCCUCAUCCUCCUACCCACCGUUUGACCAUAGAAGAAGUGUUUGACAGCAAAGGAGAACCCGAAUUAAGGAACUUAAACAGCAUUUUAUCCUCGAAGGUCGAGUUACGGAACAAGUUGCCCUGAAAAUUAUUCGUGCUGGAGCCGAUCUUUUGAGAGAGGAAAAUACAGUUUUGGAUAUUGAUGCACCUGUUACUGUUUGUGGUGAUAUUCAUGGACAGUUUUUUCGAUCUUAUGAAAUUAUUUGAAGUUGGUGGAGAUCCGCAACAACGAGAUAUCUCUUCCUUGGAGAUUAUGUUGAUAGAGGAUACUUCAGUAUUGAGGUGUCUAUGUUGGGAUAAAUUCCUCACAAUGAACUUUUACAGGUUGAAAGUGACUGACUGUACUAAGGUGUUAAUCACUUGUUACUAGUUCUAAUUUCUACUACUCUGGUGUAAUUAGUACAUAAAGUCACUUGAAGGUGUGUGAAUUUGAUUUGCAGUAUUAUAUACUAUUUGGAUUGUGUACUGAAUUGAAUUUUAUAGACUAUGGAUCUUUGAAAGUACUAUAUUUUUCGUACUCGGAAGAGUUGGUAACUUGCUUCCAAGAUUUUUUUGUAAUGUAUUAUUUUGACAGGAUAAAUUUUUUCCCUAUCAUUUCCUCUUAACUAUGAGGAAGGUGGUAUUUAGUGGGUAUUUAAUCUUACUUGUACCAGUGUACCAGUGUUGUACCAGUGUUCUAGCCUAAGUAUACCACAUAUGUAAUUGUCAUGGUAUACUGAAGUGAAGUAGCACUUUAAUUUAUCUUUUGUAAUGUCGUUUAUAAAUUUCUGUAAGAGAGUAUCCAUAUGCUUAGCUGCUCUU